AUGCUCAUAAAGGAAUAUCGUAUUCCUCUGCCCAUGAGCGUGGACGAGUAUCGAAUCGCGCAGCUCUACAUGAUACAGAAAAAGAGCAGGGAGGAGACAUGUGGGGAAGGCAGUGGAGUGGAGAUCCUGGAGAACAGACCAUACGUGGAUGGACCUGGAGGCAAUGGGCAGUAUACUCACAAAGUGUACCACAUUGGUAUGCACAUACCCAGCUGGUUUCGGUCAAUAUUGCCCAAGGCAGCUCUGCGAGUCGAAGAGGAGUCAUGGAAUGCAUAUCCUUAUACAAGGACAAGAUAUACGUGUCCUUUUGUGGAGAAGUUCUCUAUUGAUAUUGAGACCUACUACAAAACUGAUCCAGGAGACCAUGUCAACGUGUUCAACCUUUCUCCUGCAGAAAAAAGACAAACCAUUCUAGACCCUAUUGAUAUUGUUAAAGAUCCUAUCCCUCCUCAUGAAUAUAAAGUCGAGGAGGAUCCCAAGCUGUAUAAAUCAGUGAAGACUAAAAGAGGGCCCCUCUCAGAAGACUGGAUUCAAGAGUACAAGAACAACCCUGGGAAAUACCCCAUCAUGUGUGCAUAUAAACUGUGUAAAGUCGAGUUCAGAUACUGGGGGAUGCAGUCGAAAAUCGAGCGGUUUAUCCAUGAUGUUGGCUUGCGGAAGGUCAUGGUCCGUGCCCAUCGGCAGGCAUGGUGCUGGCAGGAUGAAUGGUAUGGGCUCACCAUUGAGGAUAUCCGGCAGCUGGAGAAGGAGGCACAAUUGAUGCUGGCUCAGAAGAUGGCCCAGUUCUGCAGUGAAAAUGAUGCUGAGCAGCACGGUGUCAAAGAAGCUUCUGGUGAGAAGGAUGCUGAAGCCAACACAGUUUCACCUGCUGACGCAGAGGAUGCUGCUGGUAACAGUGAAACAGCCUCUGGGAGAUCACUCACCAAGCAGUGGUCAACCUCUUCCAAGUCCUCACGAUCUUCAAAGAGAGGAGCGAGCCCCUCACGCCAUAGCAUCUCGGAGUGGAGGAUGCAGAGCAUUGCCAGAGACUCAGAUGACAGCUCCGAUGAUGAAUUCUUUGAUGCACAUGAGGACUUGUCUGACAAUGAGGAAAUGUUCCCGAAAGAAAUAACCAAGUGGAGUUCCAAUGAUCUGAUGGAUAAAAUUGAAACCCCCGAAUGCGAUGAUGUCCAAGGUGACUUGUAUCAGGAGACAUCAGCAGAGUACCACGUUGGCUCCAGUGUGGAGAGGCUCAGCAUCAUUGAAGAUGAAUCAGCACAGCCAUUAAUGCAGCCAAGUAAAAUCCAUGUCCUUCUCUUGGUACUCCAUGGAGGGAACAUCCUGGACUCAGGAAGCGGUGACCAGAGCUCUAAGCAAGGGGAUGUCAACACCAUCACAACAGUGUUUGACACAGUGAUGAGGGUACAUUACCCAGCUGCUCUUGGACGCAUUGCCAUCAGACUAGUCCCUUGUCCAGCCAUCUGCUCUGAAGCAUUUUCACUGGUGUCCAGCCUCAGCCCAUACAGUUAUGACGAAGGCUGCCUGUCCAACAGCCAGGAUCACAUUCCCCUGGCUGCACUCCCUCUGCUAGCAACAUCAUCCCCACAGUACCAAGAAGCAGUGGCCACAGUCAUCGUCAGAGCCAACCAGGCCUACAGCGAGUUCAUCAGAUCCCAGGAGGGCAUGUCGUUCAAUGGCCAGGUCUGCUUGGUCGGGGACUGUGUUGGAGGAAUCCUGGGAUUUGAUGCCUUAUGCUACAGCAAUCAAACUGUGUCUGAGAGCCAGAACAGCAGCCGGCGAGGGAGUGUUGUGAGUGUCCAGGAUACCGACCUCCUCUCUCCUGGAAUAACAGUGAAUAACAGCUAUUGUUCCAGCGGCUCUAAUCUGGAAGCCAGCAGACACCUCAGUAGGAGCAACAUUGAUAUUCCCCGUAGCAACGGAGAAGAUCCAAAGAAGCAGCUGCCACGGAAAAGGAGUGAUUCAUCAACCUACGAACUGGACACGAUAAAGCAGCAUCAGGCCUUUCUCUCAAGUUUACAUUCCAGUGUUCUGAGGAACGACCCAGGGUCCAGGCGAUCCAGUAGCUCCACUAUGUUGGAUGGAGGAAAUGUUGGGAAGUUUGAAUUCGAGAUCACUGAUUUCUUCCUCUUUGGUUCUCCGUUGGGUCUGGUUCUUGCACUGCGAAAAACUGUCAUUCCAGCUCUUGACAUCUUUCAGCUCAGACCAGCUUGCCAGCAGGUCUAUAACCUGUUCCACCCUGCAGACCCAUCUGCUUCACGCCUCGAGCCUCUUCUGGAGAAGAAGUUCUACCUUUUGCCCCCCUUUAAUAUUCCCCGUUACCAGAGGUUCCCGCUGGGUGAUGGCAAUUCUGCUGUGCUGGUUGAGACAAUCCAGAACAAUCCCAUCCUCCUCAUGGAAAGCAGCCCUCUGGGUGCUCUCCAGCACCAGGACAGCUUCAUGGAAACAAGUAUCCCCGUUCCCGUGCUGAAUUGGCAAGAUGUUCCCAAUAAAAGUGCUGGUUUUGCUGAGUCAGAUGUUGUUCAGUCUCAUGGUGCCGUCUUCAUGGAAAGCACGUCCCUGUCCACCCCCAUUUCAGCCCCUCAGUUCAGGGGCUUCCGGAGAGCCAGUGAGAUCAGCAUUGCCAGCCAGGUCUCAGGAAUGGCAGACAGUUACACUGCUUCCAACAUAGCCAACAAAACCAAACAUCACCUUAAUCAUUGCAGAGGGUUUAGCCUUCUGUCCCAACUUGCCCUCCCUCACAAAUCCCCUACUCAAACCUCAUCCAAGAAACAUAGGCAGCAUAAACAUGAAAUCCUAUCGAAGGGAAGAAGGCUCAAAGGGCCAUGGAGUCAGGCUGCAGACUGCAUUCCUCGGAUACCCGACCUGGACAUCAAGACAGUUGCUGCCAAGUGGUGGGGAACCAAGAGGAUUGACUACGCUCUCUACUGUCCCGAUGCUCUGACGGCUUUCCCGACGGUCGCUUUGCCGCAUCUCUUCCAUGCAAGCUACUGGGAGUCCACAGAUGUUGUCUCUUUCCUGCUGAGACAGGUGAUGAGGCAUGAGAACUCCAGUGUCCUGGAGCUGGAUGGGAAGGAGGUGUCUGUCUUCACCCCCUCCAAGCCCCGUGAGAAGUGGCUUCGCAAGAGGACGCACGUGAAGCUCCGGAACGUCACAGCCAACCACAGGAUAAAUGACACCAUUGCCAAUGAAGAUGGGCCCCAGACCUUAACUGGAAGGUUUAUGUAUGGUCCAUUGGAUAUGGUCACACUCACAGGAGAAAAGGUGGACAUCCACAUCAUGACCCAGCCACCAUCAGGAGAGUGGGUGUACUUUGACACCGAGAUCAGCAACAGCAGUGGCAGGAUCUCCUAUGUUAUCCCUGAGAACCGGCGCCUGGGCAUCGGCGUGUACCCCGUCAAGAUGGUGGUCAGGGGUGACCACACGUACGCAGACAGCUACAUCACAGUCCUGCCAAAGGGGACAGAGUUUGUGGUGUUCAGCAUCGACGGCUCCUUUGCAGCCAGUGUAUCCAUCAUGGGCAGCGACCCCAAAGUCCGCGCCGGAGCCGUCGACGUUGUAAGGCACUGGCAAGACCUCGGCUACCUCAUUAUCUAUGUCACGGGCCGCCCCGACAUGCAGAAGCAGAGGGUGGUAGCGUGGUUAGCACAGCACAACUUCCCCCAUGGCAUCGUCUCCUUCUGCGAUGGGCUCGUCCACGACCCGCUGCGGCACAAGGCCAACUUCCUGAAAUCCCUCAUCACAGACCUCCACAUGAGGAUCCAUGCAGCAUAUGGAUCUACUAAGGACAUCUCUGUGUACAGCUCCAUCAGCCUCCCGCCCACCCACAUCUACAUCGUUGGCCGACCCACCAAGAAGCUGCAAAGCCAGUGUCAGUUCAUCACGGAGGGGUAUGCAGCCCACCUGGCCCAGCUGGAGUACAACCACCGCGCGCGCCCUGCCAAGAACACCACGCGCAUGGCACUGAGGAAGGGCAGCUUCGGGCUGCCCAGCCAGGCUGAGUUCCUGCGCAAGAGGAACCACCUCCUGAGGACCAUCUCCUCCCAGCCCUCGGCCACCGGCCACCGGCCCGAGCGCACCCAGAGCCAGUCCGACAGCGACAGGGACAGGGACCGGGAGCGCAGCCAAAGGAGCAUGAGCAUCGCUACGGGAUGCUGGGGCCGGAGCGCAGCAUCCCGGCUGGAGUCUGGCCUCUUGGGGCAGAAGUAGCCAGGCCGGAGCCAGCGACUGUCGGCUGCAGCCACCAGAGGAGAAACUAAAGGGGAAGAGGGAUGAGGCCAGUGUUACGGGCUGGAAGGGUAAAUAUGGUGCUACUCUAAUAACAUCAUGGUAUUCUGGGAAGAGAUGGGAUGGUUCCCAUGCAGAACGUGCAGGCCUUACAGCGGGAGCGUCGGGUUUGUGCAGCAUGAGCCCAAGGAACAGCUGGAAAUGGGGGGGGGGAAAGUCUCCAGGUCAAGAUUGCACUCUCUCUCCUGCCUCCUUCUCUUAUCCAGGUUUAGUGACUGUAAAUACGUGCCUCUGCGCCUUGUUAGCCAUCGUUCGAUACGUGACCGAGUGCUGUCCUCAGAGCCACAGGAACAGGGGAUGAGGCUGGGGAACUCCUUGGUUGUCCCAGGAGUCAGACUGCUCUGCUGGUACCAGCACGGGGUGGGCUUGGGGUUCAAUAAGGCUCUUUCCUGGCACAGGGGUCCCCAAGCAAGGGGUUUAUCAUGGGCUGUGCCAGGCAGAGCAACCGAGAGCUUUACCUGUACAAAGAGCUUCAAGUGCAGCCACUUUCUCAAGGAGAACGUGCAGUGGCAAAGCAUAAAGAUGUGUCGAUGCUGUUGGUAGGGGCUGAACGUCGGCAGAUUCAUGCCCAUAAAGUGGGGUUGUUACUGCUAGCACUGUUAUUUUUUAGAGACCUUUUAGAAGCCGAUGGAACUCAAUGCAUUGACCUAUUAAAGAGGAAUCCAAGUUUGAGCUGUUACAAACCUCAGACACUUACUUUGCUGUUAAAGUCUCCAGAUAUUCUCACUAUAUAUCCUUUCUGAAAGUAACCACGUGUAUUGGGAAGCAGCUGCAGGCACUCAGCAGCUACAUUGCAUUGCAGUUCUGCUCAGCCAAAUGCAGGGUCUGACUCUCAACACCCACCUCUGAGACGAUUUCUUCUUCCCAGGUUCUCUCCUGAGUUCAGUAGCAGCUCUCAUGGGAAACCAGACCUGCUUCUUUUACCUGUCGUUACUGAACUGUAAAACCUCAUUGUUUUUUGCACUGAUGAUUUUUAGAAUGAAAACCUGUUCCCAUCUCAUGUAGCUACACCCAACUGUUUGUAGUGCAUGACAAUGAACUAUUGCUAAGCCAGGGUGUGUGUGUAUAUAUAUACAUAAUGUGCAUAUACAUAUGCACACGCACACACACGUAUAUAUAUGUAUAUAAAGGAUAAAACCAAUCUGUGCAGAAGCUUUCCCGGCAGUAAGGAGACUGUAAGGGACUGUGCCAACGUCAGGCAACCUUAAGAAAAGGCCAUAUCUUAAAACCUCCUGGUGUGUUUCUCAGUGGACGUGCCUGAGCUGAUGGUUUGUGUGCUGCUGGAGCGAGCCAGGGCUGGGUGCAUAGCAGAGGGGAGCUGUGGGUGUGCAGCACACACAGCAGCAGCACUGGAGGGGAGCAGUGCCUAGAGCCAGGGCUCACCAGAAGCCCCUCAGUCCUGUCCCUCCCAGGUCAGCCUGGCCCCAGGGAUGGGUCCAGUUCCCUCCUCGCACACACCUCUGGGGGCAGAGGGGCAUUCACCCCCUGGUGCCCAUUUACAGACUCCAGUUGGCCUCUUCCCAUGGAGAUUUUAUAGUCCUACCGACUGUGUGUAACCAACCCUGCUUCCCCCUCCACACUUCCUGUCUUUGUACCACUUUCUACUUCUGAGGAUCUUAUUUGUAACAGAGAAUUUUGUAGACUGGCUGCUUCAUUUUCUUACCUGUUUCAAUCCCAAGUGCAGGACGGCCGCACUGAGAUGCACAGCACUGUGAACGCUGCUCUGCGCCACGGUAGGCAGAUCCUAACCCACCAGACACCCGAGGCAGAUCUCGUGUUCGGGGCACUGCAGGGUCAGAGCGGAGGCAGAGCAGGGACAGUGCUGAGCUGGUGCUGGAGCACUGGAACCCACUGCCCACCCACUGCCCAGUGCAGCUCCCAUGUCCUGCAGCCUUGGCUGCAGACUCUUUAAGCACUUCUCUUUGAUAAUGAUUCAAGUGCAGAAUGUACCUGAGGACUUUUGUUACCGAAACCUGACUUCCCUUCCUGCCGACUCGGUUCAGCUCUCUCUGGAUGUAUAUCCAGAGCUUGACCGACGUGAGUUGUCCCAGCUUUUUGCUAGCCGUUCUAUCCAACAGAUGCCAUCUGAGUAGGAAGCCAAGCCACAAUCCAUCCUUUGGAGUCACCAAACCACAUCACACAGUAAUUCCUGCAAAUCUGGAUAUGGCCUUUGCAAAAUUAACUGCCCUCCAAGCCCACAGCCGAGGCAUGAUCUGUACAUUACAAGAUGUUCACAUUUUCUUAUGUGUAGAUAGUGUAAAACAAAGGCGAAUGUAAAUGUUCAACAUAAAAAGUGGAUAUAUAAAAUGGAAAGUUAUUUAUUUAUGUAGAGGAAACAAACCACAGAUGUCUGGAGGGACUGGAACCUUCAGGGUUUAUUAAUAUUUAAAAAUGUAGCUUUUUUGUUUCAGGCAUUAUGUACAAAGCAAUUAUUUUAUGGACCAAGUUUAAUGUAACGUCAACGAAUGCAGAAGUGCAAUAUUAUACUCACCUCUCCAUCACUCCAUGGUUUAAAUGGCUAUUAACCAGUUAGACUGACAAUCAUAGCACCUCUGUCCUCAUCCUUUGUUGAGCUUGAAACUUGCCCGGGGCCUUUCCCUGGCCCCCCAUCUGUUGCCAUUGUAUGGAUCCAACACGGAGAAGCAAUUGUAGAGCAGGACCUUUACUGCUGCAAUAAUACCAGAGGAGGUGGGUGUAGUUACCAGGAAACACGCCAAUAAGUUUUCCUCCACCGAUUCAGUCCAUCACAGUCUACAUCAACCUAUCCUCAGCCGCCCCCAUCUGGCACUCAUCUAUCUGAAGCAAAGAUCAACAUGCUACUCACUCAAAGAACAAUAGCAAUAGUUUAACUCUGUGUUUAUAACCUGUUUGUUCCGAGCUGUUUUGGAGAGCAAUGCAUGUAACCCGAUGCCUUUCCACCUGUAUGGAAGAGGAUCCGUCUGGAUGCAGUGAGGGAGAAGAUGACUGUAUACCCCAUAGAAGGGCACUGUCGGGUUCAAGACCUAAUCUUACCUUUGUUACAAACCACUUGUUUGCAAUGAAAAGCAUCUGAAGUUUCUUGUAUCCUUCCUCCCUUACCGUUGUCUGGGCAGCCCUGGGUGCGACGGUCGCAGCCCACGUCGUGUUCUCACACAGGAGCACAUUGCAGCCUGCACCACACAGGCUGCUCAGCCUUUCCUUGUUCUCCAUUGUUUCCAUGGGAAUCAAACUUUGCUGCGGAGCUCAGAGGUUUUAUAACGAAAAGCAGCUUUUUUGUAUUACUGCACUCUCGGGCCACGCUUUCUACCUGCCGCUGUCCCUUCCACGUCCUUGGAGACCGACAGAGCCCACGUGUUCCCUCGGAGGCUGGUGUCCACAUCCCUCCGGCACCAUGAGGCGAAAGCCUAAUACCAAAACCGUUUACAGUGUCCGACCCGCGAGCCGAGAGCAGGAACCUAGCCAAAGGGUGACAACCGCCGUGCUUGCUGCAGCAGCCCCUUCUUCAGGUAUCGCCACUGUUUGCUGCAUUUCCUAUUAGUUCUAGAAGCCUUACGGUCCCUCCCUGUCCUCCUCAGCCCCUCUCUGCCUGUUGAUACCCCCUCGAUUUUAUAUUCCAAGGAUGUUAGUUCUAUUUUUCUUUACAAAAACUUGUUUUUGGGGUAACGGAGGCGAGUGGGGAACACUGGAGGCCAUGCCCGAGGGCGCUGGGUACGCCCCUGGGUGUACAGCACCCCUGCCCAUGACUCGCUUGUGUGUGACAAACCCUUCUGUACAACCUCCUUCUCCUCCUUGCUGUUAGUGCAUCGUUCCAAUGCCUGGGUGUGCUUUGUGUACAGUAGCAUUGUGAGUUACACAGAUUAAAGAAAUGGGAAGGCU